UUCAUUGAGAGAUCAUUCGUGUUGAAAUCACAGAUUCCAUUCUGUUUUUUACCAUAUCAAUUGUUGUUCUACACUGGCCAAUAUUGGUGACAAACAACAGCCUCGUGGAGCCUGACCUCCACAGUUUUCUCUCUUCCAUCACAUGGACAAAAAGAAACUGCUACAACCAACUAAGAGACCACGGUUAGAAGCUCCAACAAUGUCCAUUCGUGGACCCAUUCCCAAUGGGCCAAUGCAUCCCAGGCCCCUGAUAGCUCUUUUGGAUGGCAGAGACUGUUCAAUAGAGAUGCCCAUUCUCAAAGAUGUUGCCACUGUGGCAUUUUGUGAUGCUCAGUCAACUCAAGAAAUUCAUGAAAAAGUACUAAAUGAAGCAGUUGGUGCCCUGAUGUGGCACACUAUCACACUGGCAAAGGAGGACUUAGAAAAGUUCAAGAGUUUACGGGUCAUAGUCAGAAUUGGCAGUGGUUAUGACAAUGUGGAUGUGAAGUCAGCAGGAGAGCUAGGCAUUGCUGUCUGUAAUGUUCCUGGAUAUGGUGUAGAAGAGGUGGCUGACUCCACUGUAUGUCUGAUACUGAAUCUAUACCGAAGGACAUACUGGCUGGCCAACAGUGUAAGAGAGGGGAAGAAAAUUAGUGGACCAGAACAAUUACGAGAAGCUGCCCAGGGCUCAGCCAGAAUACGAGGGGAUACACUAGGAAUUGUUGGGCUGGGUAGAGUGGGUUCUGCAGUUGCCCUGCGUGCCAAGGCUUUUGGAUUCAAUGUUAUAUUCUAUGACCCCUAUCUGCAAGAUGGAGUUGAGAAAUCAUUAGGCAUUACUCGUGUGUAUACUUUACAAGAUCUAUUGUUUCAAAGUGACUGUGUAAGUCUACACUGUAACCUGAACGAACAUAAUCAUCACCUCAUAAAUGACUAUACCAUCAAACAAAUGCGGCCAGGUAAGACAGCUACAGGUGCAUUUUUGAUUAACACUGCAAGGGGAGGCCUGGUGGAUGAACAUGCCCUAGCAGCAGCAUUAAAAGAUGGCAGAAUUCGAGCAGCAGCAUUAGAUGUCCAUGAAAAUGAACCUUUUAGUUUCUCCACUAGUCCAUUAAAGGACUGUCCAAAUUUGAUCUGCACCCCUCAUUCAUCAUUCUACAGUGAGCAGAGUGUGACAGAACUUCGUGAAAUGGCAGCUGGGGAGAUCCGAAGAGCAAUUGUUGGGAGAAUACCUGACAGUCUACGCAAUUGUGUCAAUAAGGAAUAUUUUUCUACUGGCACAGUGCGCCCCCCUUUUGGAUUCCCAGGAUACCCUGAGGGCAUGAAUGGAGCAGGAUACCCUUUCCCCAACCCUGCUGCAGCAGCAGCUGCAGCUGCUGCCAGUCUUGCUGGUGUCCACUCUACCACCAUAGAACACCCAUCUGUAUCCCACAGUACUCCUCACUCAACCCCCCACAGUACUUUGUCAGAAACCGCCAUUCACAUGGGAAAAGCAGAGUCAUCAGAGGUUCACUAACACCGUCAAAAAGUUUAACAGAGAUCAGGAGCCACCUGUAUGGAGAUCUACCUUAAUGUUUUAUUCCCAUUGUCAUAAAGGUUGUUAGAAGUCUGCAUAGAUUGAUGAAAGUACAUGAAAAUUUAUUGAUCUGGUAAACAAAGAUGUUGUUAUUUUUUUUUCUCCAACACUGGAUCAUGUACCUUGACUACUCUUGAUUACAAAGUGACUACUAAAGGAAGUGUCUGGGUUGGAGAAAUCACUGAGGAAAGAAAACAUUCUGGACAAAUUAAAAAUGUAUCUUUAGCUUGACGGAAUUUUACUGCAAAAUGUUUAGGAAAACUAUAGGGGGAAAAAGUAAGACUUGCUGAAGAUUGCAUUCCAGAGCACCAAUACUGGGAGAACUGUGGCAGUUGAGACUUGAAUCUCGUCUCAUGAACAAGGCCAUUACAUAGCAUCACUCCAUCAUCAUCCUGAUAAACAGUGGAAGAACCAUUAUAACACAGAGAUAUUUUUGUAGUAUUUCAAUCAAAGACAUCAUAGAUCAUAGAGCAAGUGACAGUGUAUAGAGUAAUUAUGUGUGUUUGUGUGAUUGAGGUUAGAGGUUACAUGUGGUUUUUUUUUUUUUUUUUUGGUUUUUUUUUUUUUUUUGUUUUUUGGGGUUUUUUUUCUUUUAUUUCUUUGUGUUGACAGUAAGAAAUAGAUAAAGGGAAUCACUAGGGACAGCCAAAAUCACUUUGUUAUAUCUGUAAUUCAUUAUUUCCAAGAAAUAUCUGAUUUAGUCUAAACUUCUUGAUGACAAAAUAUAAAUUUGUUGUGGGCAAGAAUUCCCUUUAUGCAAACUUCUGUGUAUUUUUUUUGUAACAGUAAUAAAGCUUUAAUCAGAUGGUCUUUUAAUGCCAAGGAAAAUAUAAUAUGUUUAGAUUUGCAAGAUUUUUUCUUUGCAUAUUAACAGUAACCUAAAUCCUGUUUUAAAGGAGCCGACUGGGAUUUUCAUUGCGCAAUACUGUGCACAGAAUAGGGAAAUAAAGCUAAUUUACAUUUUUAAGCAAUCAUUUAAAAAAAAUAUCAAAUUUAAGAGGAUUAAGAAAUUACAGAUAAAAAAUUGAUUUACACUUUUAAGAAAUAGUUUUUUAAACAUUUUUUCAACUGAUAGGUAGAUAGAUGUUGUUAAAGUGUGUUUAUGAUGUUAUGAUUAACUGAAGUUCUUUAAGAGGGGGCCAUCAAAAAGUGUUAAAAGAAAAAGGAUAAAACAUACACUCUUGAAAUUUUUAAAACACAGGAAUUGAAAAGACACUUUUUUGUUGUUAUUUUCUAUGUAAAGUCCUAGUUACCUGUGAUAUUUUGUAGCGCUCCAUAAAAAAACGUAAAUUUCCGAAAAGUUUGACAUUUUGAGAUCUCCCCUCUGGAAACCAGACUGUGUAAUUCUGUUUUUUGCAAAUAUUGUACAGUAUAAUUUUUUUCAUCACAUAUUAUAAUUUGAGCAUAAAGUCUUUUAAAAUAUUUUUGUAACUUGCCUUGAAAUGUGAAAAAACAUGUCCCCAUACAAUUCUAUAGUAAAUGUAACUGUGUUUUGAGAUGGUCCUUAAAAAUACCUAGAUGAUUUGUUUUCUUGAAAUUUUUGCAUGUACACUUGAAAUCAGUGUAGGCUAUACAUGAUACAAAAGUAAA